AUGCCUCACGAAGCCGCGCUCCUGUCGUUAUUUCUGUCGUUUUCCUUGAUACCCAGAAGCUCUGCCUUUCCAUUUUCACGGCAUACAGGUAAUAAUGGUUUCCGACCAGAUUGUGCCUGGCAACCCGAUUGUGAUGCUCAGGCCUUCACUCCGCCGUGGUUGACCAGAACCGCCACGGCUUGGGAGGAUAUUACCUUGUCAUCCGUUGAGGCUAUUACUACCACCACUUAUCCUGAAGCCCUCACCACCUCUUUUGAACCUGAAACCACCACCUAUUCCCUGCCUAUUACUACCUCAUCUUCCGAGACCAUCGUCACCACAUCGUCUGUGGCCCUUACCUCCUCAUCCUUUACCACCACCUACUCUGAGCCCAUCACUACCUCACCUUCUGUGCCCCUUACCUCCUCAUCCUUUGAAGCUACUACUACCACCACCUAUUCUGAGCCCGUUACUACCUCACCCACUGUGCCCCUUACCACCCUAUCUUUCGAGACCCUAACCACUGCCUCUGUUGAAGCCAGCACCACCAUAUCUUCCGGGGGUGCAUCCGCUACUGGGUUACCACUUUCUAUUGACUCCCAGGGAGACGGUGUGAACGUGUACCUGACUGGCAUUGACGCGAAUGGCUUGCUUGUCUUAUUACAGCCCGAUGGCCAGUGGUACUAUCCCUCAUCGGGGAUCUCUUCGUCAGUUCCCACCGUGAUCCCGGCCGACCAGAUCACAAUCCCGGUACCCGGCUCGGGUCAAUCAACAAACUUGACAAUGCCGACCAACGUUUCCGGGGGCAGAAUAUGGCUCGCUCAGGGGAGCUUGCAGUUUUCGGUCGUCCUGGCCGCCACAGGCCCGGCUUUGGUCGAGCCUUCGAUUUCCGGGCCCGCGGAGAACGCCACCACCUGGGGCUUUGUGGAAUUCACGUACACGGCGGAUGGCAUCAUCUAUGCGGACACCACCUACGUCGACUUCGUCAGCAUGAACUUGAAAAUCACCCUGACGGGCACGGACAUCGGAACGCAAACGACCCCCGGCCUGCAGCCGAACGCCAUCCAGUCUCUCUGCGCGGACUUGGCAUCUCAGGCGUCGACGGAUGGGUACCCCUGGAACGAGCUCUGCGUCGCCGACGCCAACGGACGACCCUACCACGUCCUGGCUCCCGCCGACUACAUCGACAGAACCCCGGAUGCCUUUGCGGACUACUGGACAUCCUACGUCGACCAAGUCUGGUCCACCUACUCCGGUCAACCCUUGAUCAUCAACAGCCAAUCCGGGCAGGUGGGCAACAUUUCGUGCACCGUCGGCGGCGACCUCCUCACCUGCACGGCCGACAGCGGCUCGAGUGGGACGUUCGCAAAGCCUUCGGCUACGGACAUCUUCAGCUGUUCGACCGGCCCGUUCGUCCUCGACUCUUCCGCCACGGACGUCCAGGCCGCGGUGGUGCCCCGCCUGUGCGCCGCCUUCAAUCGUUCCACCCUCCUUCUCGACGGAGGCAACGUCCAGCCGGACGGAGUAAGUUCGAGUUCCUAUUACGGUGCCCAGACCACCAAUUGGUACAGCAAGCUGGUCCACCAGCUGGAGGUCAACGGCCGGGGUUAUGCCUUCCCCUACGACGACGUGACGCCGGACAAUGAGAUGAGUGAGAAUAUGUCCGGCACCAUAGUUUCAACAGACCCUAAGUCAUUAAUAAUAACAAUAUCGUCAUGA